AUGUACAACUACAAUCUCGAAUCAACUGAUUCCGCGUCUUCUCCCCCCCCCGUCCUGCAUAUCUUUGCCUCUUUCAUUCAUAUCCAUAUUGCGAAACGGCAACGAUCACUUCUUGCUCGCCUUCGACGACAACGAUUCCGAUUCCGAUGCGAUUUCGGUAUAUUCGAUCUCAUCAAUCAUCCGCCGAUCGCCGACUGCCGCUUGACCCCACGACAACGGCCGUACCGCAGGAAAGAAACGCGCAGGACGAAGACGACGCCCAAGCCGGUCGUGGAUGAUUCGCCUACCUCGCACUCAUCGACCAACGCCGAGCGCAGAAUAGGCGUCGGCCUCAUCGCUCUUGUUCCCGUCAUUAUUCAGAGUGCCGAUCACGCGACGCUUCACGGUUUAAGUCGGGGGACACAGAGCGGCGGCCUCGUCACACAAGAUCGACGUGCGACCGCAGCCGGCGUCGUCGCUUCGAGCCGCCAUGCAUGCUCCCACCUGCGCCACUUCUUUGCCAUCCUCAUGCUCGUCCUCGUCACGGGAGAGGUGCACUUCAAGGCCAACAUCCUCUUGCCGAUCAGCACGGCUGCCGCCUCUGCUCCGGAUGCCUAUCCCCCUCAAAUUACUGCGCCGUCGUCGUAUGACGACUCGAAGCCCGUCUUGUUGGUGGAUGACCGGCCGUUGCUCUCGAAGCCAAAGCCAAUCGGCCACGAGGAGUUGAAGCGACUGGAACAGAGAGAUGAGACGCAGUCCAGCUCGUCCGAUGCACAAAUAUCCGUGCAGAACUCGGUGGCACCCUCGACGGCCAGCUCGGCACAAUCAACCCUUCCCUCUCCUUUCGAUGACUCGGUCGCGUCCGACUUCAAAGCCUCGGCCAGCGACAUCAAGUGCCCCACCUUUAUGACGAACCUGCUGGCGGAUCCCAAGUUCAAGAGCUGCUAUCCCAUAUCGAUGCUCAUGCAGACAUCGACGGGCUUUUUCAACGCGCAAAAGAAGCUCGUCAGCAUCGUGAGUGUCCUCGACGCGACCUGCAAAGCCGACGUCAACUCCUGUGCCGACUUUCUCAACUCGGCCGCCCAGAACCUCACGCAAGAGGGCAACUGCAAGGUCGAGAUCGACCAGCGGAUGCCGACGGUUGUCCAGGCAUGGCGUGGCCUGAGGACGUACAAGCUGCUGUACCAGUCGACCUGCUUGAAGAACUCCACCACGGGCUCGUACUGCUACGCCGACGCCGUCACCAACACAGCCGUGCCUUCGGACGCAUACCUAUACUUCCUGCCGUAUGGCCUCGCGCUGCCGAACAGCUCGACGCCAUCGUGCAGCUGGUGCAACCAAGAGACCAUGGCCAUGUAUCAUUCGGCCUCGGCCGACCGAUCAAACUUCAUCGCCGGAUCGUACGAGGUCGCCGCGAAGCAGAUCAACAAUAAAUGCGGCGAGACUUUUUCGGAAGCGACGCUGCCCGACGCCGAGAGCGGCGCUGGCACGACGUCGGUGCCUCCGCACCUAACCCUCCUGGCGAGCGCGUCCAUUGCCGCCCUCUUCCUCGGCUUCGUCCUAUAA